AUCAGAGAUAUGGGUGAGUUUAUUAAUUUCAUGAAAUCAGAGACGAUGGUUUGAAGAAUCCUCAUUCAAAAAAAGUUGCAGGUACCUUGUACUCAGUUACAUUAAGCAGAACAAACAUAUGUUUCCCAAUGGCAAUUAAACUACUAGCUAUUCAUUUGUUGUGGAUCCUAUCCUGCUUAAUUCAAGAUGCGGAAAGCAUCUGUCUUAUAAACUGCUGUACAAACAUGAACGACUCGCUGAACUGCUCCUGGUCUGGCAUAAUCUUCAAUGAGAUGUCACCAUCUCCAUUGACCCUUGAAGUUGAGUGCAGGGAUUUUGAAGGGGAAAUCAAUGGCAGCUGUGAAAUUAUAUCCUCGCAAGGCUGGUGCUUAAUACGACCAAAGGAUUUCUAUCUAUAUGCAUCCCUUGGAACAAACUGCGUUUCAAAAAUAAAAUAUUCAGAGAAGCUAAAUGUAAUGCCCGCUUGUACAAAUGAUUCAUUUUGGAAUCUGGCGGAUAUGGUGAAACCCCAGCAGCCAUUUAAUGUGCAUGCAACAAAGACCAAAGAAAGCUACAAUAUCACUUGGGAGACAGAUGAUCACUUUGAAAACUUAAUGUACAGAGUGCGAAUUAGGACAAAAGAUGACCCCCUAAAGGAUCCCAUACACUAUGUUGUAAGCGAGGACCAGAAGUACUUAACUAUAAACUACAUACAGUUGCAACAACAGGCUGAAUGCAUGGUGGAUGUACAGGCUAAAGUUGGACCUAAUGAUAUUUACAAAGGCCCCUGGAGUGAAUGGAGUUCUACCACAGAACUGGAUAAACAUACAGGCACAGUAUACAGUAUUGACAUGAAAAGAGAUGAUGGUGGAGAUGAUAGAUUAUGGUGGAGCCUGAUGCUAUCAUUUGUGUUUGUCCUUGGUGUCCUUAGCCUAAUUUACUGCAGAAAACCGUCUUGGUUUACAAUGAAAUACAUCCCAAAGCCAGAUGCAUUUUUCCAGCCACUCUACCAUACAUAUGAUGGGGAUUUCAAGAAAUGGGUCAGACCGAUCUUCAGUGAGUCUGACCACUUGAUGAUGAACACACCUGUUCAAGAGAUGCCCGUGAAGCAGUUGGAAGUCAUCAUGCUGACCUGUGGGAGCAUAAAAGAGAGAAGCAGUGAGGACAACCAGGGAAACGGUAGACACGGUAUCGUCUCCCUACUCAGCCUGGCACCCCACAGUUCCUCGUUACUCUACUUCAGUGGGGCAAGCGGACAUAGCACUGGUCACUCAGCUGGCCACAUCUCUAUCCAUACUGUGACCACAUCUGGGGAGGAGGAGGCCACAUUAGGAGGCAGCACAAAUAGUUUGGGCAGCAAGUUUAAAACUUCAAUGGAUUGCAAUAUGGAUAACGAAGAAAGGUUAUCUGUACAGAAAGGAAGACGAUCAUCGAUUUGUUCAUCAGCUGUUGAGUGGCAGCCACAAGCCCAACACAUAGAACCUGAGCAAAUUUCACUGGACUCCUUCUGCUCUAAUGAACCGUCGGAUGAUGGCUAUCCCAGGGUGGACUUGGACACCAUUGAUAGUGGCUUUAUGGAGUCAGACUGCGGCCCCCCAAUUAAUUCAGACUUUGAUAAUGUGGAGCAAAUUAACUCAUCUUUACUGAGUGGAGCAGAAAGCUCAAACUAUGUCAAGCAAUGGAUGAUUUGCAACACCGUGGAGGGAAAUCCUGACAACCCACAGAAGCACAGUACAUCCACCCCUUAAGCCCCUCUGAACUGUAGAGAAAAAAACUAUCCAAAAUAUUGAAGACCAUUGUUUUGCAUAUCAUUGUUUUAUUGACUUCGUAACUGCUUGUGUGAACUAAAUAAUGUUUUUCUAUUGUUAUUAAUCUUUCGUCAAAUAGUUUAACAUUAUUUAUAGUGCAACGUUUGGUAUAUUAGGAUAUUGUAGUGUUUUGUAUCUGAUACAGAGAUUUAAAAAAAAAAAUACAUUAAAGAAUUUUGUUGAUGUUGAGUUCUUAGCAUGUUAUUAUGCAUUAAUGUUUGAUAGGGACAUGUGUGUGCAUAUUCCAAUUGUUUUACACAAAUUCAACAUACAUUUAUCAAAUUCAGCUUUACAAAUGAAAAGAUGUGUGUUGGUGAGUU